UUCACCUACUAGUUGUCCGAGUGGUACCUUGAAUGGCAAGGGAUCGCGCAAUCGGGGCAUCAUGUGGGAUGUCGUCGUGCAUUCUCCAAGUCUACUUGCACCGACCAGCAUGGCUUUCCUUGGCACUUCCCUCGCGGUGGCUGGCGUAGGCGCGGCGGCGUAUUGUUUCUUGGCCGACCCAACUCCAUCGCCAACUGAGCCACGACCGUCCGUCGUAGUCGACAAUGCGAACGUCAAGCCUGGCCACGGUCCCGUCUACAGCGUUGGGUCUCUGCCAGUACCAAGGUUCGCCACGAUGCUGGAUGCGCUCGAAGAUGCCGUCAAGUCGAAUCCGCACGGAAGGUUCCUCGGCCAUCGGCCAAUUGACAAGACCACUGGCGACGCGCUGGACUACGUGUGGGCCACUUAUGCGCACGUGCUCGUGCGCAUUCGGCACGUCGCGGCAGGUCUCCAACACGAACGCUUGGUGGAAGUGACUACCGAUGGCGAACGCCCGUUGUGCGUGUACAUGAAAAACCGACCAGAGUGGGUGGUGGCGCAGUACGCAGCGUACAUGUGCGGCGGGUUUCCCGUCGCUCUGUACGACACGCUCGGCGAAAACUCUACCGCAUUCGUUCUAAACCAAACGCUGGCGUCGACAGUUGUGUGCUCGGCCGAAAAAGUGGCGACGAUUGUAGCCGCGAAACCACACGCUGCGACGCUCAAAGCGCUCGUGAUCGUCGAUUCAGACGCCAUUGAGCCAGCCGACAAGGCAGCGGCGGAAGCAGCCGGCCUCAGAGUGUACUCGUUCGACGAGCUCGAGGGACUUGGGGCCAAGCAUGGCAUGUCGUCGAAGACGCGCCGCCCGUCCGCUGCGGACAUUUACUGUCUUGUGUACACGAGUGGCACGACGGGAACGCCGAAAGGGGUCCCGAUCUCGCACCAGAACAUCCUGUUUGAGUUCGAAGGGCUGCGCAACCGGUUUGGGGUCGGGAAAGGCACACGAAUUUUCACGCGCGAGUGCCGCCACUUGUCGUUCUUGCCGCUGGCCCACUGCAUGGAGCACUCGAUCCACACGACGACAAUUCUCGCCCAAGGGUGCAUUGGGUUCUACCAGGGCAACCCGGUCAAACUGCUCGACGACCUGGUCUUGCUUCGACCGACCGUGUUUGGAGCCGUGCCACGCCUUCUGAAUCGCAUCUACGACAAAAUCGUGCACGGCGCGCGGGCAGCCGGCGGGUUCAAAGCAUGGUUGUUUGACGUGGCCGUCCAGACGAAACUGGACAACCUCCGGCGGCACGGCAUCGUGCGCCAUGCGCUUUUCGACGCGCUUGUGUUUUCCAAGGUGCUGAAGAAAGUUGGGCUGGACGAGUGCUGCCUCGUCGCGUCCGGGUCGGCGCCGCUGGCGGAAGACGUGAUGGAUUUCUUUCGCAUCAUGUUUGACUGCCCGAUCUUUGAAGGCUACGGUCAGUCGGAAGCGACCGCCGUGACCGUCAUGACCCACAUCUCGGACCUCGACAGCGGCAACGUCGGCAUCCCGCUCAUCACGUGCCACACAAAGCUCGUGUCGGUGCCUGACCUCGGAUACAACGUGACCGACACGACCCACGGCGACAACCCGGCGACGCGAAUCGCUGUGGCCGGCCGCGGCGAGAUCUGCUUUCGCGGGCCGACCGUGUUUACAGGAUAUUACAAAGACCCAGAGCGGACCGCGGACGUGUUUGACACGGACGGGUGGCUCCAUUCCGGCGACAUUGGCGUGUGGACGCUGGACGGCCGGCUCAAGAUUGUCGACCGGAAGAAGAACAUCUUCAAGUUGAGCCAGGGCGAGUACAUUGCGCCCGAGAAGGUCGAGAACAUUUUGGUCGCGAGUCCGUGCGUCGUGCAGUCGUUUGUGUACGGAGACAGUCUCCAUUCGGUGCUGGUGGCGAUUGUCGUGCCGGACGAGGACGAGCUCCGGGCGUUCGCAUCCAUGCGGGGGGAGCCGACGGCAGGAUCGUUCGAAGAGUUGUGUGCCAACACGCGGGUCGUCAACGACCUGCUCGAGUCGCUGACGGAGCUGUGUAAAUCGCGAAAGUUGCUCGGGUUCGAGAUCCCCAAGGCGGUGAAACUUCACCCGACCCCUUUUACGGCUGACGACACCCUGACCACACCAACGUUUAAACUCAAGCGUGCCCAAGCCAAGCGCGUGUUCGGCAGCGCCAUCCAUGCGCUGUACGAGCAGUGCGGGGAUCGUGUGGCAGGCCGCAUCCUGUCCCAGCGGUAG